UUGUAAAGAUCUAACGACCUUAUAGCUUUGACUAAUUUGUUACACUAAUGGAGGCAGAAACGAGCGCCCUUCCCAUACAACCGAGCCGUUAAAAAGGAACAGCUUCUUUCUGCUAUCUUGCUUGCAUUGUGCAUGAGAAGGGGAGGCACAAAUUUCUAUGGCCAAGAAUAAUGUUGCAGAGCGACGGACUCCAGCAACGACCAAGAUGAAAUUUCAAGAGCCACUUCUUGUUCGAUAUCUUGUAAAGAACCUGAAACCCUUGUCAGAAGCAGAUCCUGCAUUGGUGGCAAAUUAUAUAGUUGCAUUAUUGAAGAACAAUAAGCCUCAGGAGGAGUUGCAAAAGAUAUGCAUUGAACAACUUCAUGAAUUCCUUGGAGAUAAUACAAUGACCUUUGUGACACAACUCUUUAAUGCACUCGAAGAUGGUAGAACUUUUACAUGCGAAGAUGAUACAGAGAGUAGGAAAUUUGUUGAUGCUCCUACAACUGUAGCUCAUGCUGAUUCUACAGAAAUAAGCUCAUCUCUUCAGAAUGAGAAACUUCCUAGUGCUGUUGUUGGUGCUUUUGCUGAACAUGAAGAGCAGGAGGGAAGUAAUGAUGAAGAUGAUGAUCGUAACCAUAAACAUACUAGACGGGCGAUUGAUUCACCAUCUUUAAAUUGGGAUAUACAAGAUGAAGAUGAAAAAAGUAUCAGGAAGAGGAACAGACCUGUUAGCAAUGCUGAAUUCGUACCAGAGAGUGACACUGAGACAUCCAAGCCUUCUAGGGAAUCCAUUCCAUUGCGCACGGAUGUAGAGGUGUCAGCAAAAUACUUUAAAAAGCGUCAUGGAUCUGCGUUAUCAUUCCCUUCACGGUUGAAUGUGGAUGGAGAUCAUAGAAGAGGAAAUCAGGGAUUGUAUGAUCAAGCUGUUGGUCCUGGUUUUGAUAGUCUAAAUGGCUGUGUUCGUCUUGCGUCAGGACGAGCAAGGGGAAUAAAUACUGGCCAGUGGGCUCCACCAGAUUCAAGAUUUCCUUCUUACGAGUCUGUAGAUUUUCCAUCAGCAAUACCUCCAUUUAGACCUGCUGCUGCAACUUUGUACACAAGACCAAUCCUUAAUCAUGGAAAUCCUACAAAUACACCUUGGGUUGCUUUUGGGUCGAUGUCUGGAAUGCCCAAUGGUGGCUUGAAACAGCCACAUUUAUUCAAUACUGGAUUGCAAGGAGGCCGUGGGUUAUCUUUAAGCUCUACGCUUCGAGUUGGAGUGGGCAUGGGCCGUCCCAGGUGCAGGGAUUUUGAGGAACGUGGGUUUUGUCUAAGAGGGGAUAUGUGCCCAAUGGAGCAUGGGGCAAACAGGAUUGUUGUUGAUGAUGUUCAGAGUCUCUCACAAUAUAAUCUUUCAGUUCCAGUUCCAGCUAGACAGUUGGUGGGUAAAGGGACAGGUCUAAGUAAUGGACCUUCAACAGAUUUAACAAGGAAUAUCUCUCGUGAGAAGAGUAUUGGCUAUGGCCCAAAUAGGGAUUCUGAACAUUUGAAUGCUUCUUCAACUAGUGCUGCAGGUAUAGAGGCAGAUUUAUAUGAUCCCGAUCAGCCUUUGUUGAAUAAUGCUCAUCCAGGGAGUGCACGUGGGUUAAAAUCCCACAAGAAAGGAGAUGAAGAGCAUUUAUGGGAUGGAAAUGCACCUGAUGGGCUGGGUGAUGACAUCCUGAAUGUUGACGAUAACAUAAGGACUCAGAGAGGUGGUUCGUCAAUUGGAUUGUCUCAUAAUUCAUUCCCCUCUGUAUGGGAUCGUAUUGGGCCUGUUGACUAUGCUUGCAACAAACGUGAAGAAGGCUCAAGGGUUGCAGAUGUCUUUGAUGGAUCUCAGCAACAUGGAAAACAAUCAAAAAAAGAAUUGUAUGGCAAUCAGGAAUUUCAUAGUCAUUCGGAAGAUAGGGAGAAGGAAAGUGAUUCUGAUCAUGACAGUGGAUCAAAAGAUGUCAAUAUUCAAAUGAGAAAUGGAAAAGUUAGGAGUACAAGCAAGUUGCAAGUGCCCAAAGAGUCUGUUAAUGAUUCACAGAAGAUUGCUGAGACCUCUACUGAUGCAACUCAUAGGAAUGCAGUCCACAGAAGUGGUAGGCGAGGAAGUGAGAAAGCACAACGCACAUUAUACGUUUCCUGUAUACCUCCCAAAAGUAACAAGGUGGAAUCUCUCUUGUUACACUUUCGGAAGUUUGGAGAGGUUCUGGGUGUUCGCGUUCCACCAAACAGUGACAAGGCUUUUGUGCAGUAUUCUUGUAGAGAAGAAGCUGAGGCAGCUCUUGCCUCCCCAGAUGCUGUAAUGGGGAACCGUUUCAUCAGGUUAGCAUGGGCACAUUGGGAUAGCUCUACUAAACAUGAAAAGAUCAGUGCACCAGCAGUGCCUUCUGGGACAUCUUCGGGUGCAAUGUCUGUUGCUCUAACUUAUCCCCAACCUCCUAAGCAAAAGAACAGUAACAGCAUUUCCUUCAGCCUUGGACCUUCUACAUCUGAAGUAUCUCAUAGUGCUGAUAAUAAUUCUGCAAAAUCUGCGACUGUGAAGGAUUUGUCUUCAACUAUAUCUGCAACACAUAAACAGGAAACACUUGAGACUCUGAAGCUAAUUCGUGAAAAACAGGAAAUACUGGCCCAAAAACGGGAGGAUUUUCGUCGUCGUUUAGAUAAACUAGCUAAACAGGGAAUAGACAGCAGAGGUGAUUCCUCUGAUAAAAAUAGGACUGUCAAGCGUCAAAAAACAGAAGACCUUGUAACAUGUUCAAACAAUUCACAUUCUUCAGCAAGUUUGGGGGCGGUUUCUGGGCAGGCUUUUAUGACAAAAAAAGAGCAAGGAGGUAAUCACACUUCUAAAGGAGUUACAAAUGAAUUAACAGGUUCAAGGUCAUUGUCUCCAGCAGGGAUUUCCACGCCUUUAUCAAAUAAUUCAAAAAUGCCCAUGUGCUCAUCGUCUGGGUCACUUGCAGAGCCUGCCUGCAGUCCAUAUCAAUUUAAGAUUGAUGAUUGGUCAACAUCAUUGAGGAUUCUUCCACCCAUACCUCAUGGUCUUAUGGAUAUCAUUGGUUUGAAAGAACAUUUUUCAUCAUUUGGUGACUUAUCUUCUGUUGAGCUGGAAGAUCUCCAAAGUGGAUGUGAUGGAGCUUCAAAGAUACCAGAAACAUGUAGUGUGCUUGUUACUUAUGAUACUCGCCAUGCAGCUGAGAGGGCUUUUAUUGAAGGUAAUUGUUGGCAAGGGAAAAAAUUACAGCUAGCAUGGGUGUUGACCCCUGACACUACCAAUCGAGUAUCUGUAAAGAAUCAUCUGCCUUCAAAUCUGAAGUGCGAUUCUAGAAGGGGACCUUUGACUGCUAAAGAAACUUCAGGAGGCAAAACUGUUACAAUGAAUGAUACAACAAGUACAGACAAGAGUAUUGAAGAAUACUUCUUGGAAUAGUCUGGGCAAAUCGAAUGGAAGUACUUUUGAAAGGAAGUCGGUUGUACCCUGCUGUACUUUUACGUUCUAGCAGAAGCAAAUGAUGCAGUUGAAUCGAGGAGGGGGCAGCAGUGAGAGAACUAGAGACUAAGUCAUCUUGCAAGUUUUGAUACUUCCUUCGUGUAACUCGGUUUCUUGUAAUAUGGUGAGUUGUUUCAGCUUUUGGCGCACAGAGAUGCCAGAUUGGGAGCCAAGCCCCACAAAAGAAAAUGUAUUUUAGUGGUGCAUUGCAUAUAGCUAUUCAAAAUUUUAAUUACAACAUGCAAAAUUAAUAGUUCAACCUGCAGUUAUAGAUUUUCUGAAGCAUUAUUAUUUUUGUUGUUCUACGAGUUAAAUUCUAAGCUGUAAUUCUGCAAACGUCAGUUGUGCAUGUUACAGUUUGAAUGCCAUGUUGUAGAUUUUGCACAAAUCAUGUAGUAGACUAGAGAUCAUCAUAUAAGCUUCUUCUUGUCCAGCCCCUAUGAAAUGUGUUUCAAGGGCAAAAGGUGUCUCUGUCCUAUGUGUUUAAUUAUGGAGGUGAUAGUCAAGAUUUUGUACAUCAGGAAGGAGUCGCUCAUAUUAAAGAAGAUAAUAGAUGACCGAGCUCUUGUUUUUAGUUUA